AUGCCCGGGGUGGAGGUCGGGCCGGAGGUGCCGGAGGAGGCAGAGAUAGAGGGGGUGGAGGGAGGGACAGGGGUGGUCGAGGAGGUAGCGGAGGGGACAUCAGAGGUGGUAGUAGAGGGGGAUGAUCAGGUUGCGGAGGAUGAGAGGACGCCGGAGAUGACGGAUGACGAGGUAGUAUUCGUGUCCGAGGGGGCGACGGAGGUCCCGAAGGGUAAGAAGCGUGCUGCUGUCGCGCCAGAGCUGAUGGUCGGUAAGAGAUCAAGAUUGUCGUCACAGUACGUCGUUUCUCCCUACACGGUCGAGGCGAAGAGAAGGGGAUUUGUGGAUGGGGCGUACCCCAAUCUUUUUCGCGACGUCGACCCAGUCAGACAGAAGGCGUUCGAUGAUUGGUUCAAAUCCCUUAAGUCCGAAGAUAGUUAUACCAUCGGCUGUAUAACCGUGCCCAAUGCUAAAAAGUGGUUUGAAGAUGUACUGACGACCUCAGCUUAGCUCGCU